CUUAUAAUGGUACGGCAUGGAGAAAGCGAUUGGAAUAGAAAAAAUUUGUUUUGUGGUUGGUAUGAUGCCAAGCUAAGUUUAAAAGGCGCAGAAGAAGCUGUAUCGGCUGGGAAAACGCUAAAAGAACUUUGUUACCAGUUUGAUAUCGCCCACACUUCUGUCUUGAAGAGGGCCAAGGACACUCUGAGUACCAUUUUAAAUCAAGUAGAACAGACAAACAUCCCAGUGCACUCAAAUUGGCGACUUAACGAGCGGCAUUAUGGGGGUCUGACCGGCCUCAACAAGUCUGAGACCGCGAAGAAGUAUGGCGAAGACAAGGUCAAAUUGUGGAGGCGAAGUUUCGAUAUCCCACCUCCACCAAUGGAGGUUGAUCACCCUUACUACGAUCAUAUAAAAAAUAGCUCCAGUUACACAGACGGUCCCUCCGAGUGUGAGUUCCCAACUCACGAAUCGUUAAAAAUGACAAUUGAAAGGACACUGCCGUAUUGGGAUAGCGUUAUCGUCCCUCAGAUCAAAAAAGGUUGUCGAAUUAUAAUAGCAGCUCAUGGGAAUAGCCUAAGGGGUAUAAUAAAACAUUUAGACAAUAUCUCAGACGAAGGGAUUAUGGGGUUGAACUUACCGACGGGCAUACCAUUUGAAUAUACGCUCGACGAGAAUUUGAAACCCCUGGUUUCCAUGAAGUUUUUAGGUGACGAAGAAACCGUCAAAAAGGCGAUGGACUCCGUAGCUUCUCAGGGAAAAGCAAAAUGA